GCGCUGCUGCACGAUGCGCUGCUCGACCUCUGUCCCACGCUGCCCGCCGUGCAGGCACUGGCCGGCCUCGACGACGCUGCCUUUCCCGGCGGCGCCGCCGAGCGCACGGCUCGCCUGACGCGGGCGCUGCUGCGUGCCGCCUCGUCCGGCGACACGGACCUGCUCAGCUGGAUGCUGCAGAUGCGCAGCCAGGGCCUCGACGCGCGCGCCUACGCCGAGGCGCAGCAGCGCGAGGCGAGCGCCAUGCGCGACGUCGACCUGCGCUCGGCGCGCGACGACGACGGCACGGGCCCGCUGGUGCUGGCCAGCAGCGCGGGCCAUGUCGACGUGGUGCACAUGCUGGUGCGCGCCGGCGCCGAUGUGGACGAGCGGGAUCCAUGCGGCUGGACUCCCCUCAUGUGGGCAACGAACAGCUCGAACGCUCCGCUUGUCGCCUUUCUUCUCUCGCAGGGCGCCGACGUCGAGGCGCGCAGCUCCAAGGGCACGUCCUGCGAGGACUUCAUCCUCUCUGCUGCGCCCGACAACGGCACGUUCCCCGGCCCGGCGCUCGGCAUUCCCGGGCCGAGCAGUCGGAUCCGAUCGCCCGCCGGCCGCAGCGCCUCUGCGAUGCAGCGUGACGACCGCCAGGUCGUGGCGGAUCUCGUGCACGAGCAGCUGCUGCGCCAGCGGCGAGCGAGGCAGCGCCGCUCGGGCAAUCACCUGCGCACGCUGAGCUCUGCCUCGAGCGCCGGCUCGUACGGGCCCAGCACCUCGCCGACGAAGCCCUCCAGCCUGCUCUCGCCGCACCGCGACUCGUCGCCUGAGCGCAAGGGCUCCUUCUCGCCGUCGGCUUUUGGCGGGCGCCGUCUCGUCGGGCGGAAUGAGCGCAAUCAGUUGCACGAGGCCGAGCUGCGCGCCCGCGAGCUGGCAGAGGGCCGCCGGCGCGCUCUGCUGGAUGUGGCGGUCAUGCUCGAGGUGGAGUACAGCGCCCUGGUUGGCGAGGCGCCAGCUCAAGCGCACGAUGAGAGCGCAGCACACAGACGCCGGAAGAAGGGCCGGCUCGGCGAGCUGGCGCCGCCUCCGCCCAAGGUGGCACACUCGGGCUUGGCCUCGGGAUGUGGCGCCGCCGAAGUUGGCGCCGAUCCGCUCAGUGCCGAGUUCAUCUGGGAGCGCGUCACCGACGACCAGAUGCUCGUGCUUGGCCUGCACGACGUCGCGCCUGUGCUGGACGACAUCAUCUCGCGCAGCAAGCCCGUGCGUGCGCCGUGGACGUCGCGCGCGGCGCCUGCCAACGUGGUCUUUCUCUGCGCGCGCUUCGCCUGCCGCUUCGAGGACGAAGAGCUGCUCGAGGAGCUCAUGCUCGGCGCCGUCGACCGCAUCGAGGCAUGUAUCUACGCGCAGCCGUACAACAUGACGGUGCUGGCCUUCUGGCUCUUCAACUGCACGCUGCUGCUGCACUAUACGCUGCGCGACGCCGGGCUUGCGGCCUCCGAAGCGAUGCUCGAGUUCCGCCCGCUGCUCGUGGACCUGAUCAACGAGGUGUACGUCUUUGUCAUUCGCGACGCCGAGCGCCGGAUAGACAAGAUCAUGGAUGCCGCCAUUCUCGACCAUGACGCCAUCCCCGGCUUCGAGGAGGUGCGCUUCGAGGGCGAGUGGAGCUUCAUGAAGAACCUGACCGGCAGCGUCAAGAGCCUCUCUGGCGCCUCGCCCGGCACGCCGGCGAGCAGCAAGCGGCCGCUGAGCCAGAUCUUCGCCCGCGGCGGUCCAGACCCCAACGCGCCGAUCCAGCAGCUUGGGCAUGCUAGAUCGCCCAGCGGAAGCGCCAGCGGCGGCGCCGCUUCCCAGCUGCGCGCUGCGGCCGAGAUCCACGCUGGGCGGCGCAUGCCGUCGCCGCUCCCGAUUCCACCCACGAUGCGGGAGGCGUCAUAUGAUGCGUCGGUCUCGGACCUGCUGGCGCGGCCCUCGCCACGCACCGUCACGUCGCUGCUCACAUCGACACUGCACGUGCUGCAGCUCUACGAGAUCAAUCCUGCCAUCAUCGUGCAGGCGCUCUCGCAGAUCUUCUUUUGGGUCGGCUGCGAGCUCUUCAACCGCGUGCUGACGCGCAAGCGCUACCUCUGCCGCUCGCGCGCCAUGCAGAUCCGCCUGAACAUUUCGGCGCUCGAGGACUGGGCGCGCUCCAAUGCGCUUCCGCUCUCAGUCGUCAACGCACACCUCUCGCCGCUGAGCCAGCUCGUCAGCUGGCUGCAGUGCCAGUCGACGCUGCGCGAGUUCGUCGACCUCAUCGCGACGAUGCAAGGGCUCCGCGCACUGAAUCCGCUGCAGCUGCGGCGCGCUGUGCGCGACUACCGCUUCGAGGUGGGCGAACCGCACAUGAGCGCAGAGUGCACGCAGUACCUCGAGCAGCUGCAGAAGGACUGGGAGCGCGCGCGCGAGGAUGCCGAGAUGCAAGAAGCGGAUCGGCAGCGCGAGGAAGAGCUGGCGGAGCUGCGUGGCAGGCAUGAGCAGCGCGGCGGGAGAGGUAGCGGCAUCCAUCAUCGCAGCGGCACGGCGACGCAGCACGGCAACACGCCCGACAGCCGCUCGCCCAGCCCGCCAAGCCGACAGGGAUCGGCACAGGAUCUGUCUGCCUUGGCGCCCGCCGCACUUGUCGACUCUCCGGGGCGGCGUUUGUCGUCGACCGAGGCGCUGGCGCUGAAGGCACACGACGACGUCGACUCGCUCUUCCAGCCGGGCCGCGGCAUCGGCGACUAUGUGCCGCCAUGGAGCGGCGCAACUGCGCCGGCUGCACGGAGCGACGCUGCGCAGAAGCCCCUGGUGGAAGGCGCGAAGCCGGGCGAGCUGCUGAACAGCCGCGACAUGCUGCCCUUUGCCCUGCCAUCUCGCGCAGAAGCGCUCAUUGUCAGUCCUGGCGAUGCGUUCGGCUUCGGGAGGGGCCACUUCCAGGGCACAGGCACGCCGAGCCUGAAGAGCGUGCGUGGCGACAGCCUGGCGCCUGGCUUUGACGGCGCUGCAUCGCCUGCUGCUGGCCUCGACAGCCGGCCUGCCAGUCCGUCGCUCUCGCUGGUGAACGGCGACGAUGGCCGCUCGACGACGGGCUCCGACGAGAUGGAGCGCGGCAGCGUGGCGAGCGGCGCGUCCUCUGCGCGCAGUGGCCUCAGUGCGGCCAGUCGCUCGAGCCUCUUUGCCCAGGGCAAGGGCAUCGGAGCGGGCGCCUACUGGCAGCCCGUGCCGCUGCUGCCCGAGGGCCUGCUCGACCGCAUCGACCGCGUGGCGCGCCUCUCGGCCGCUGCACGCCCGCCA